GGCCCCUACUCACACUUGUGGGAUGGACUUUUCAUUCCUAUGGUUAGACAGGGUAUAAAGUGGAGGCACGAAGACAGUUCUGUGAAAAUGUUUGAUUAUUUAGUGGAAGACAAUGAUCUGAAGCCAAUAUUUGAGGAGUAUGGGCUGGGAGAGAGGGACAGGGUCUUUAUCAAAGAACAAAUUGCAGGGCCACAGGAAAGGGAUGUGCAACAGGGUUGGAACUACUUCGGGCGAAAAGAGCAAAAAAGUUUUUUGUAUGAGGUUGUUGCCAACAAGAGGAAUGGGAUAGAUGUGGACAAAUGGGACUACUUUGAGAGAGACUGCUAUCAUUUGGGAAUCAACAGCAUCUUUGACCACAACAGAUUCAUAAAGUUUGCCAGAGUUAUUAGAGUGGAUGGACAUCUACAGAUUUGCUCCAGGGAUAAGGAGGUGGGGAAUUUGUAUGACAUGUUUCAUACCAGAAAUGUCCUGCAUAGGAGGGCUUACCAGCAUAAGGUCAACAGGAUAGUGGAAAUAAUGAUGGCUGAAGCUUUUGCAAAAGCUGACCCACAUUUUGACUUAGAAGGGAGAGAUGGUAAAACCUACCAUUUGUCCAAUGCUAUGGAAGAUGUAGUAGCCUACACAAAGCUCAAUGACAGCUUGUUCCACCAGAUUUUGAAUUCGCAUAAUCCAAACCUUGCUGGUGCUCGUGACAUAUUGAGAAAUAUUGAGAAGAGGGUGCUUUACAAAUGUGUAGGACAGACUGUUCCAAAGGCAGAGUUGACCAUAACUAAGAAAGAUACGGAGGUAUUUGCCCAAGAAAUCUGUGAUAUCGUGACCCCUGAUGACCUUGAGGAGGCAGAGAGGCCUCUCAGAGCAGAAGAUUUUCUGUUAGAUGUGAUAAACCUUGAUUAUGGAAUGAAGAAGAAGAAUCCUAUAGACAAUGUGAGAUUCUACAAGAAAAACAACCCAGAGGUGGCUAUUCGUGUCAGGAAAGACCAGGUUUCCCAGUUACUGCCAGAAACCUUUGCUGAGCAGCUUCUCAGAAUAUACUGCAGAAGAACUGACCCUGGAACACUAAAUGUGACCAGAAAGGCUUUCAUUAAAUGGUGCAUUAAGAAAGAUAUGCCCCUGCCCAAGGGUGGCGACGCUGUGUUGGAACUUACACCUGUCAGAACACUAGGCUGCACACAGCGCCCUGGCACAGAUGACAUGACACACAAGAAGAAUCUCCAGUUUUAAAACAAAGUCUUUUACCUGAAUAACUGUGUGUAAGAAUUUCUUGAAAACAGACAGGGUUUGCCUUCUUUUUAAAUUAAAAAAAAAUUUUUUAAAGUGUAUUUAUUGGCUUAAAUUUACCUAUUUAUUUCUGAGCCCACCGUCAGGUAUUGCAUUUAAUCUCAAUCUUUCCUGAAAAGAGAGUAGUUCUUAAUUGUUUUGUUUGCAUGAAUUUUAUCAAGUGCCUGGUCUUUUUUCCUCUAUUUUUUUUUAAAAGAUCACGGUUAUAACUUAUUGUGAUUUUGAUUCAAUACCAAAUCUAAGGGUAAUUAUUUAUGUCCCAGCAAUUUGAAAUCUGCACAUUUACAUAAACCACAGGCAAUAAGUAUUGCCUUUAACUUGUCGGAGAUUUAUAUAUUGGUGAUGUUGCAAUUUGAAGGUAUAUCAUUUGGGCAUAGAUAUUUGACUCCACAUGUCCAUCUAUAUAUCAUUUUGUGUUUUAAAGUAUGAAACCACGUGAUGAACUUUGCACCGCUUAUAUUAAGUUUCCAAAUGACAUUUAUUUGUACAAACAAGUACUCUGCAGAAGAAAUAUUUAUUUUGAUGGAAAUUCAUCAGUGUAGUCUUUUGAUUAUGUUAUACACUUUAACUAUUCAAUUUCUAUACUUACUUGAGGUUAUAUGUAUAUGUUAAGUUAUGCCAUUAUCUUUUUUUUUUUUUUUCAUAGAUUUGUUUUGUAGUUUGCUGUGCCAUGUUUGAAAGUGUAAUCUCAUAUUUGAAUAAUGGAAAGAAUUGCAUGGUGGUUAAGGCAGGUUUACUUUACAAUAUCUGCUUUUUACAGGAUUUUUUUUUUUUUUUUUUCAAAAUUUCUUUCGACAGCUUUGGUUUUGUCAAAAAUAGUUUUCCAGCAUGCACCUUUGAAUAUAAUUAGAUAUCCAGUUGAGAUGAUAUCUUUUUAUUUAUUUAUUUAUUUAUUUAUUUAUUUAUUUAUUUAUAACAGCAUUUUAUUGUCUGUUCCAGUAAUAUUUGUAAAAACUGUUGAAGUUGAAUAGUAUAAGAAUUUCUCCUAAUAUAUGAUUGUAAAGAUAUUUUACAUUUUGAGGUGAUUUGCAUAUGAUGCAUUUUUUAGGCCACCAACAGCCUGUGUUUAUUUUGUUUUUGCUGGGAGUUUUUAUUGCUAUUCUUUUAAUGGAAAUGCAUGUCAAGUUGGAAGAUAAGCAUUUCCAAAUUAUCUUUGUAGAAAAUUAUGUAGCUCUUUAUUGGUUGCCAUUCAACUGCGAAAUUUUUAAAUCUUCUGACUAAUUACUCUAAACCUCCACAGUCAUUUCACAAAAAAGUGAACAUUGAGUCCUCAUUUUGUGCAAUAUUUACAUAAAUUUGACUUGCCCCAUCAUUUUCCCUGUUUAGUAACCGCAAGUUUGGAAAGAAAACAUUAGGAGUUAAAAAGGGAUAUGCAACGGUUAUGCAAAUAUUACAUGAAGUGGGCUGCUGAUGUGACUCGUAUAUAUAUAUAUAUAUAUAUAUAUAUAUAUAUAUAUAUAUAUAUAUAUUUGUGCAGACUAUUAACUACUAUGAACAAAUGUGUUAAACCUGGGUGUUAAAGUGAAAAUUGCUUUAAUUUUUGUCCCUAUACUUCUGUUUGCUUUACCUGGAUAUUUUAAUCUGUCCAUUAAAUUUCCUUUAGUACCUGUAUAUCUGUCAGAUUUGCUGUCAAGUCUCAAGUCUACAACAGGGUCAGCUUGUUUCUUGGUGGUCUCUUACUUUCAUAUAGUCUGUGAAAGUGGCUUGUACAUUAUAAUUGCCUUUCAUUAGAUUCAUGUCUGCAUAUCUGCCAGUUUUGCUGCCUAGUCAAAAUAACAAUAUGGCCAGCAUGCAUGCUUUCACUGGGUUAGAAAUGUUUUUAGUGACAGUAACUUACAGCAGGAGCCAUUGUGUUGUGUAUUUAUGGGAGAACUUCAGUCCAGCUUUUAUUUUAAAGAAUGUUACGUUUUUCGUAGAAUUGCGAUCAGUUAUUGUUUUUGAGGGUUUCAUUUACAUAGCAUUGUAAAAUGUUAAGUUUUUUGUCCAAAAUGUUUUUUGUCCAAUUUGCGAAAAAAAACUUCUGUCAUUACUGUAUUUACUGUCAACCAGAUUUUGAAAUAAUAAAACUA